AUGAAACUACCCCAGGGAGCCAGGAAGUCUGUGUUCUACGGGCAGCACCCAGAGAAGAAGGUGCAGUUGCCUUCAUGGCAGGAGAUAAAGCAGACUCCUGUUAUCAUGGCCAUGCUCAAAGGUCCAGGGCCCGCCAAGUACCUCCAGCCAUCCUGCACAGGCUACUUAGAGCAUGACAUCUCCAUGUUCCAGGAGCCGGCUUAUACCCUGCACACCCGGCACUCAGAGAAGCGGAUUGCAGACAUGUCCAGUCCUGGGCCUUGUUAUUUCUUGGAUCCCAAAAUAACCAGAUUUGGAAUGUCCAGCUGCCCUCAGGUCCCCAUGGAGGAGCGCAUAUCCAACCUCCGUGUGAGCCCCACCCCAGCCCCCUGCCACUACUGCUUUGAGAAGGUCCACCCACCUGGGGAACGCAGGGCUCCCCAGUAUGCUUUUGGCUACCGGUGCCCAUACAGAGUGAUGGACCCCAACCCAGCCCCCAACCAGUAUCAGCUGCCACUCCUACUGGGGCCCAACAGCCCUGCCAACCAAGCUGCCCCCUGCUAUAGCUUGGCCUCUCCGGACAAGAACUGGUUCUACAGGGAGGAUGUGGCAGGAGGCCCAGGACCAGCCAUGUACGCCCGGCCUGAGCCAUCUGUCUACCAGCACCGCAGCCCCAUCUACAGCAUGGCUAAGCGCUUCGCCUACCCCGUGGACCACACACCCCGGCCUGGUCCCGGCUCCCAUGACGUCCAAAAGGUCACUGUGCAUAAGCCCCGCACACCUGCUUUCACCAUGGGUGUCAAGCACUCACCCCACCUGUGCCCACUGGUUGUCCACAUUUGUGACUGA